AUGGCAACGUCCACGUCGAGCCAGAAGUCAUCCCAGCUGGCAUCAAGCCCGGACACCAACUACGGCGAGAACGAGGAUGACAGUAUCUUAUCAGCAUACCAGGACGAGAAGCAGUAUCACGACCCGUCGCUUCAACCACAACUCCAGCCACAGGCCUUAACGUUCAAUCUGGGUGACAUGCCCCUCUGGCAGCCCAAGAAGCGAACACUCACCUUGAAUUCACGGGAGCAUUUCCUCGUUGCAGCAAAACAGCACCGCGAAGUGCACCAGAACCUGGAGACGCAGAGAAAACGUAGUGAAUCUGUGGUGACAGAUGAUUCGCACGCCACCCUUGCUGAGGACACCUCGGCGACGGACCAAGGGGAUAUGGAUCUCAAAACGCCAACUGUGACUGGCAUGAAGCUAUCCGACGACACAGACGAGCUGCUUAUCAGUAGCCCUGCCCCUCCAUUCGAAUCCGCUGGUCCUAUGUCUGUCCUUCUUCACUCCAUCCUCCUCCGCGUCGCCGACGUUGAACGAUCUCACCCAACAAUUAUGUCCAAGGAUUACGACCAACUUCAAAUUCGCGUCACCGAGCUUGAACGUGAGAACCAAGCCAUCAUCAAAAACCAUGCUGAUCUAUUGUCCCUGAGGAACGAAGAUCUCUCCAAUCUGAUCAAAGUACGGGAUUUGCUCGCCGAAGAAAAGCGUGUGCAUGCCGCCAUGAGAAAGCUGAGAGACGAAGACCUGGAGAACGUGUUGACUUUGAGAGGGAAGCUUGCGAAAGCGACCUGGUCUGGAAGACUGCAGACCUCGCAGCCCCAAGAGAGACGAUCAUUGAUGGGUGGUGGGGCGAUCACCCCUCUUCCACAGAGGCUCUCAAGGUCCGAUUCAGACGAUCUAUGGCAACAAGCGCGCACAGCUGCGAUGGAGCAAAGGGUUUUGGAGCUUGAGAAAGCAAAUUCCGAGUUGCGCACUCGAUCCAUGACAGCCCCCAGCGUCGGUGCUAUUGCAGUGGCCAGUGGCUCCACUGGGGAUAUGCUGCUAAGUCGCGUGGAGGCCAUAUUCGAAGAUAGCUUGAGACAUCGCGAGAAGAUGGCGACCAAAGUCCAGCAAUUAAGAUCAGAGAAGGAGGCGUUGCAAAGGGAGGUGGCGACUUUGGAGGAUCGCAACGCCGAGUUGGAGGCGCUCGUGGAAAGGCUGAAGAGGGGUUUAAAUGUCGGGCAUUAA